AUGCCAGCUCCCUCACCGUGGACCUUGGGCAGACGAAGCCUGAACUUCGCACUGUGCUUCACACUUUCAGUCGCCACCACCGCGAACUCGCACCUCUUUGAGCGCUACGAACUAGCUGUCCUGGAUCUCGGUGUCCGGCUGCCAAAUGGCAGCAUGCAUACCUUGAUCUCGGCAGUUAACUGUACAAGGCCGGCUCCCUUACGCAGACGGGAAGUGGUGCUGGAGGUGGGCUGCGAUGACAUGGGUGAGCUGCAGCUCCCACUCUUCACAAGGAUAGGUGCGCGCAUCUUUGUCCUGCACAAGAUCCGUCUCCCAUGUCCGCAGGGAUCUACCAGACUCGAGCAGGGCAUCGAAUUUGGGAACGAUGGUUUGUGGUUCAGUGUAGCACAGGCAACGCAGGCAGGCGGAAAUGGUGGAAAUGGCAGUGUAUGCGCUUUUGACGGCACUCUUCCACUUCGUGAGCAUGUAAUGAGCCAGGGUGAGCUCCUUGCGGUGUCAGUGAGCCUCAGUGAUGCCGUUACGCAUGCAACUGAAACUGCCGAUUCGCAGGUGCAGCUGAUCUCAACUUUGCUAAGAACACUCAGGGCGCUGCCAUCCCGGUGCGAUCGCGAUAGCACCUCGAUGACCGACCUGGUGGCAUGCCGUAAGCAUCAGAAAUUGCUCGAAGACUAUGUUGCGGAAGCGAAGCUUGCCAGCGAACAGUGGCGGUCGACUGCAGGGAGAAGAGAAAAAGAGUUUGAGCUGCUAAGCCAAAGAACGAAAGAGCUGCAGCGAAAAUUGAAGACUCUGAAGGGCAAGAGUGUCAGAGAUCAAGGCAAGGACCGGCAGGCUCUGGAGACCAUGUUGCAGAUGAAAUCGGCAGAGCUGGAACACCGAAGGCGAGAAGCACUGUGGUGGUCUAUUGCGAGUGCUGUGGUGGCGGGAUCUUCGGCACUCGGCUUCUUCACCUGGAAGCACUACGGAAGUGGAGGCGAUGACCUGAGCCUUGAUGCCAAGAAGGAGCGGCGAAAGCUUCUUCGACUCUUAGGCCGGGUGAAGGCCAAGUCCGAGAUGCCAUCUGAAAAAAUUGAAGAUGCAGAAACUGCACCCGCCGCGGCCGCCGCAGCAGAAACGUCGGAAGCGACCGAAGCAUUGAACUCGAGUGCCGGGGAUCCGGCCGAUCAGCUUUUCCCACAUUCGGUUGAGCUUGAGCGCAGGCGAAACAGAGAUGUCCAGUGCGUGCGGAUUCAGUGCCCUGGAGUUCAAGAGGCAGAUGUCACCAUCAAAGUCGUUUUCAAUGGUGCUGAAGUGCACAUCGAUCGGCAAGAAUGUGCAGGCUUGCCAGCCGUGAGUUGGAAGCACCGUUUCAUAUUCCCUUCCGAAGAGGGCCACGUUGUCUUUGCUGAUGACGAAACCAAAUUGAGCCACGGCUUGUCUCAGCAAACUUUAUUGUGUUUCGCCGUGCCAUGGCUGCAAGCUUUCAAAGAGCACCCUACACAGCUGAUAUUUGGUCGCCCAGGUCUUGGUGGAGACUUGAACCAAGGGAAGAGGUCUACGAUGAGUGCCAACGUUGCCUCGUCCGUGCCAGUUGUGGAAGGAGUCGAUGUCAGACGAUGUCGACGACUCAACUCGGUUCAGCUUAAGGAAAGCACAGGUCCUGUCAUUUACUGGAUGUCGCGGGAUCAACGUUCAGUUGACAAUUGGGCAUUGAUUUACGCCCAAAAGCUGGCAAUUCGGCAGUCCGCCCCGCUGCAUGUUGUAUUCAGCCUCGUGCCCAAAUUCUUGGAUGCAACUUUGCGUCAGUAUGACUUCCUCCUGAAGGGUCUGAGGGAGGUUGCAGUUGACCUUGAGUCCAAGAACAUGCCUGCAACUUUUCCUUUCCACCUGCAGUUGGGCAAGGCCGGAGACAAAGUUCCAGCCUUGGUGAAUGAGCUCAGCGCACAAAUGGUGGUGUGUGACAUGUCUCCACUUCGGGUCCCCAGCCAAUGGGCACGGGACGUAGCUGAUGCCUGCCAAGCCAAAGAGGGAGGACAAGCCAUGGCUGGCCAAAUUGCGAAGGGAAGGGAGCCGCCACGAUCACCACUGGCAGGUGAUGCUGUGGCAAUCAGCUUCAGGUUGCGCGGGUUAACUUUCGAGGCCAUCAGCAAGCCCACUAUGAAGGCACUCAAGAAAGCCCUCCGCGGAGCAUUGGCUGAAGCGAGCGGCCAUGGCAUCGGGAUGGAGCAUGUGGCGGUAAGCUUGGGCGAAGAACCCCUGGUUGUGGAUGCCAACAUUUGGCCUCCUCCGAGUGUUUCCUGUGAAGCCGUGGAGGAGAAGCUGAGGAGCUGCAUGACUUCCUUGCCCGACAGCAUCCAGUCCUGGAUCGCUGAAAUUCCCUUGCCAGACCUGGCCGGGAGCGUCAAGGUGUCCAAGAGCUCUUUGACCAUGAGCAUCAUCCGUUCCGACGACGAUGAGGUUCGCGAGGAUGCAGAACAGCCCUUGGAAGGGGAAGGUGCAAGCGGACGCGAAGGACUCGGCAAAGAUUUGGGCUUCGGCUUUCAGCUGAGAGAAGUCCUUCUUCAGGAGAAGCAGAAAGUUCUGAAACACUGCAAGAUCCUGCAGGAUUGCCUGGAAGAAGCUGAAGGCGACGCCGCGGCUUUGAGAGCCGAGUUGGAGUCAACGAAAGGUUGUCUAGCCUGCAGCAAUUUAACUGUUGUGCUGCCUGGUGGACCGCACAAGGGUCAGUAG